CUUUAAUUCAUUAUAAAUAAGAUCAUACCAAACACUUUAUCAAACACUUUCUUCUCUAGCUAUUUUUCUACCACUUGCUUUUCUCAUACAGUGUUCUGCUUCAUUUUCAAUCAUGUCUUUGCUUUCAGAUCUCAUCAACUUCAAUCUUUCAGAUUCAACUGAAAAAAUUAUUGCUGAAUACAUAUGGGUUGGUGGAUCUGGUAUGGACCUUAGAAGCAAAGCCAGGACCCUACCUGGACCAGUUAGUGACCCUUCAAAACUUCCCAAGUGGAACUAUGAUGGUUCUAGCACAAAUCAAGCUCCAGGAAAAGAUAGUGAAGUUAUCCUAUACCCACAAGCUAUUUUCAAGGAUCCAUUUAGGAGAGGCAAUAAUAUUCUGGUGAUUUGUGAUGUUUAUACCCCAGCUGGAGAACCACUCCCAACAAACAAAAGGCACAAUGCUGCCAAAAUUUUCAGUCACCCAGAUGUUGUUGCUGAAGUGCCAUGGUAUGGUAUUGAGCAAGAGUAUACUUUGUUGCAGAAAGAUAUUAAUUGGCCACUUGGAUGGCCUAUUGGUGGCUUUCCUGGACCACAGGGUCCAUACUACUGUGGAAUUGGUGCUGAUAAAGCUUAUGGUCGUGAUAUUGUAGAUGCACAUUACAAAGCUUGUCUUUAUGCUGGAAUUAACAUUAGUGGCAUCAAUGGAGAGGUUAUGCCUGGCCAGUGGGAAUUCCAAGUUGGCCCAUCAGUUGGUAUCUCAGCUGGAGAUGAGAUAUGGGCUGCUCGUUACAUACUAGAGAGGAUCACAGAAAUAGCUGGAGUAGUUGUUUCAUUUGACCCUAAGCCUAUUCCGGGUGAUUGGAAUGGAGCUGGGGCUCACACAAACUAUAGCACUAAGUCCAUGAGAGAAGAUGGAGGCUAUGAGAUAAUUAAGAAAGCCAUUGAAAAGCUUGGAUUAAGGCAUAAGGAGCACAUUGCAGCUUAUGGAGAAGGCAAUGAGAGACGUCUCACUGGAAGACAUGAAACAGCUGAUAUCAACACCUUCAGUUGGGGUGUGGCAGAUCGUGGAAGCUCUAUUAGGGUUGGAAGAGACACAGAAAAAGAUGGCAAAGGUUAUUUUGAGGAUAGAAGGCCAGCUUCAAAUAUGGAUCCUUAUAUUGUUACUUCAAUGAUUGCAGAAACAACCAUUCUCUGGAAAGCAUAAAGUUAAAGCUAUUUGCCUCUUGAUUUAGACCACUUUACAUAUCAUAUGUUUAAUACCACUUAGUAGUCUAGUUUAUAUCUAUAUUAUAUGCAAAGUGUUGUUUUAUUAGUAUUUGCUAAAGUGGUCUUUUUUAAGCACAUAAAGUAUUUUGUCCAUGUAUUUGGAUGAGAAUAAUUUUAUCAUUGAUAACAACAAUUGGGUGCUCUUUUAUUUUUUACUUUCAAUUUCAUAGAUCAAUAAUGCAAUGUUGUUUGUUUCUCCU